AAUAAGAGUUUAAAGUUAAAUAAAGAUUCGAUAAGUAUUCAGUUAUUGAAAUAAUCGUUGAAAGCCUCAAAAUCUGCAUAACCUUCCUCGCACAAAUAAAAAACGCGUCAUCUCUCAGUGUUGCACGUCAGAGGUUAUAAGCAACUUCAUAAAACAGCAGCAAUAACAAUGGGAAGUAGUGAGGGUAGUAGGUCCUUGGAGUCCUCAGUACCCAAAUUUCGAUACAAGGACAAUCAGGUACGUUACUAUGGUGGUCUGAUCAAUUGGGCAAUGUGUGUUCUGUGUGUGGCCAGCCUGUCUAUUUCGGGCUUACUAGCUUAUAGAGAGCUGUGUCUCGAACAGCGGAUCAUUUAUCUAGAGAAUUUAUGCCAAGCAAAUCAACAGCAACAAUUAUAUCAACAAAAAUUAGAGAAGCCAUCUAAGAUACUUGUCGAAGCUCUUAAACGUGAAGUGCAAUUGCAGAUAAAGGACUCACAGAAGCAGCUUUUCGAAUCCGACGGCUCGUCUGAUAUAUUUAGGCUCAAAAGGGACUUACCCGAAUGCAACUGCCCACCAGGUCCUCCAGGUCGUCCUGGACCAGCUGGAAAACGUGGCAAAAAGGGAAAAAAAGGUGAUCCCGGUGAACCAGGGGCUCCGGGUGAGCCAGGUACGGCAGGCAUGAAUGGUUUUCCGGGUCCCAUUGGUUUAGAUGGACCGAAAGGAGAUGCGGGGCGACAAGGAGAUAAAGGACAAAAAGGAGAACUCGGAAGUCCUGGAUUUGAUGUUUUUUCGGCGGUAAAGGUCAAUGCACAGGGUUUAGGGUUAAAGAGGUCGGUGACGACGCUUCGCGGCGGAACACUCGGAUAUGCGGAAAUCGUCGCCCUGAAGGAACUUCAGGCGCAGGGACAUAAUAUCAGCAAGGAACAGAUCAUAACGCUCAAAGGUGAACAAGGAGAACCAGGUCCGCCAGGACCUCCUGGUCCCGAAGGAGUCAAAGGCACACCGGGAAAUGACGGCAGCCAGGGAUUGCAAGGUGAAAUUGGACCUGCAGGUGAAAAAGGCGCAGCGGGACCUAUAGGACCCCCAGGCCCGCAAGGACCUUCUGGAACUAUUGGUUCUAAAGGUGAUAAAGGUGACAAGGGUGAGCGUGGUUUAACGACGUCUAUAAAUGGCGAGCCAUUUGCGACAGGUGUUUUCGAGGGGCCUCCUGGACCCCCAGGACCACCUGGCCCAAAAGGUGAUCAAGGAUCGCCAGGUUUACCAGGUGUGAAUGGAUUAAACGGGGAAGUGGGUAUUCAAGGUCCUCCUGGAUUACCUGGACUUUACGGACCAAAAGGAGAAAAAGGAGACUAUGGUAAUAUCGGACCUCCAGGUCUUAUGGGUCCUCCUGGUUUACCUGGUCCACCGGGAUAUCCUGGACAAAAGGGGGACAAAGGUGACAAAGGCGAAUCGAAGUACAAAAAAUUAAGGAGAAGGCAGGGUGACAGUACAUUUGAAAUUAAUACUGGUGAAAUGACGGGAUCUUAUAUAAUGGGACCUCCAGGACCUCCAGGGCCAACAGGUAUACCUGGACUCCAGGGCCCACCCGGUAUCAAAGGAGAUCGAGGGCAUGAUGGUACCAAGGGUGAUCCUGGAGAAAAAGGCGGAAAGGGUGAUCCUGGUCCGAUGGGGCUUCCCGGACCAAUGGGACUACGUGGGGAAUCAGGGAGGCCAGGAGAAGGCAAACCAGGUGCCAUGGGCCCACCGGGAUUAGACGGUAUGAAGGGAGCUCAGGGUGAACCAGGAACAAAAGGAGAACGUGGAGAAACAGGGUUGCCUGGAACUGACGGAAUUCCAGGUGCUGAGGGUACCAAAGGUGAUAAAGGAGUAAAGGGCGAUUCUGGACCACAAGGCAAGCGUGGCAAACGUGGCGCAAAAGGUGACAAGGGUGAACAAGGUGUGCCAGGAUUAGAUGCACCCUGUCCUGUAGGGUCCGACGGUCUUCCUUUAUCUGGCUGUGGCUGGAGACCAUCUCAGGAAGCGAUGAGCACAUCAUCGCCGGUAAUCGAAGGUCCAGAACCAGCAGAGACGGAUUACGAUGAACAAGAACAGGACCAAGAUCAAGAUAACGAAUAUGAAGAUGGGAUGUCUCCCGAAGAAAACGGCAAUAUGGCCGAACAAUAAUUCAAAAUAAUCGACUCAUACGAGCGCUGAUGCCUUACCUAUUUUCUACUUUCCAUUAGCUUAAUUUCAACGUUACCACUACCACUUACGUCCAUAUCAAUAUACAAUAAAAUAAAAAUAUAACAUAAAAUAACUAAUCCAGAUCUAACAAUUGGGACUUGUUAUUCUUGUCGAAGAACAAUAUUUUACGUAAAUGGCUUGAAGAAGAAGAAUGAAGAUUAAUUCGAAAACAGUCCAUUUACAUA